CUAUGAUCACUGAAAUCGCCACUUAGAAAGAUUCGUUUAUUCUUAUUUUCACCAAGAUAAAGGAAAAACCCUAAUCCCAUCUCGCAUUCUAUUCGGUCAUCGAUAUCCCAUAACGAAGUUGAUUAUGGCGGAUGAGUCGGCAACCAACGGAGAUGUAUUCAUUGGCGAUGCUGAGAUCGGCGCAAAUGAUGACUCCCAAUCGGAAUCGAAGACCUCUGUGCUGAGCCAGAAGCUUGCUGCAUCGGAGAAGGAGAACCGGGAGUUGGUUCGUGAGAACGAGGUCGUGAAGGAGAUAGAGGAGAAACUGAAGAAGACAAUUGAGAAGCUUGAGAGCGAGAGAGCCGAGUUGCGGAAGAAAGUGGAGAAGUCAGGGACGGAGAAUAGGGCUUUGGGAUCGGUGGCUGCUCGAGCUUCUGAACUCGAGGGAGAGGUGGUUCGGUUGCAGCAUGAUCUGAUCACCGCCACGAAUGGCUUGGCAGAAGCUAAUUCUGAGGUUUCACAGUUGAAGGCAGCAUUGGACGGGCUGAAAACUAGUGAGGAAGAGAAGAGAUUGAAACUUGAAGCGGUUGAGGGGGAAAGGAAUCUGUUAAUUGAAAAAUUGACAAAACUGGAGAGCAGUGAGAAUGAUCACAGGGCUGAGAUGGAAGCAAAGGAGCAGGUGAACAGAGUUUUAACAAAGAAAAUUCAGGAUUUAGUGAAUGCCUCCCUUUUGGCUAAGGGGUUGGAUAAGGAGAAGGAGGAGCUGAGGAAGAGGUUGGAUGAACUAGAGAAGAUGAAAACAGAAUUGGAGGAAAAGUUGGAGGAGAAGGAAAGGUUGAUUACUGAAAAAACUGUUCAUGGCAGUGUCAAUGGGAUUAAAGAUUGUCAUCCUGGACUUAAAAUGGAGUGGCCUGUUAUAGCAGGAUCUGCUGUUGCUACUAUAGCUGCAGUAUCUGUUGUGUUUUACCUGCAUCAGAGGAAAGCAUAGACCCAUUGACCAAUUAACUUUGGAAGAUGAGGUUUUUUGUCUAACCAAGUUUUGAAAGACAGUUUUGAUAGUAUCAUGAUUAUUUUUGGCUUUAGUAUCUACUAUUUAGGUCAUCAUUUUACUUGAUUGUACUAGAUUGAAGUGUUAUUUUUGGUUGACUAGUAAUAAUCAGAUAUACUUUGGAUGCUAAACUGUACUGGAUUGCAUAAAACAUUUUCCAGUUAGCAUUUGAAUCUUUUGAUUGACCUACAAAACUUCUGUUUGUAGUUUGGGAUUAUCAUACACCUGUUUAAGGGUAUGGUUAAUGUUUGAUGUGAUUCUAGUGAAAGAUCUUAGAUGGUAUGGAUGAAUUAUGGUGUAGUGA